AUGGAGGCAUUGAAGCGUCUCGAAGAAGCUGGGCAGAAAUGUGAGCGGGCACGUGUGGAAUUCAACAACCUCGACUACAACAUCAUCUACAAGGGGUACCAGAAGAAGGAAAUUGCGAAGGUGCGGACACUGUAUCGAACGACUUACAGCUGGUAUGAAGGAGUUGCCGAAGAAGUGCGGCUGAUAGAAGAGGAGCUAAGUAUCAUCAAGUGA